GUAAACGCUACGUGGCACGCUACAGCAUGAUACUAUUCUAGGGCCAACACACCGGCUUCAUUCGGAUUACUGGGGUCGUAGCCAAGCAAUGUCUGCCGAUCAGAACCCCGCUCUGUUGUAGUGCUCGGGUCUCCUGCGGCCUUUGAUGGCGACAUGCGACUCUACCUUGCCAUUUUACCUCAACUCUGCAUUGCUUUUUCGAGUGUCGAGACGCCCAAAUCAGCGAAAUGGCUUCUCCUGUUCCUGACACGGCACCUCCCGCCGAUAGCCCUACAAACGAGCCUUCCCAGUCGCCUCGUUCUCAACACAGCGAGGGUGGCGUUCAACUGCACUCCGCUGAGCAUUGGGCCCAGCUAGCCGAGACAGACCCUGUCCAAGACGACGGCGACUCCGCUGUUGGAGACGAUGCCGCCAGUUCAACUGCAUCAAUCACAUCCAGCAUUCUCGAGUAUAGAACCAUUCAUGGGCGGACCUAUCACUCGGAGCGAGGUAAUGCGGAGUAUUGGACUCCGAAUGAUGAGCAUCAUAAUGAAUCGAUGGAUAUCAAUCACCACCUCUUGUCGCUGUCACUUGAAGGGAAACUCUUUCUAGCACCUCUGAAAGACGAUGUCCAAAAAGUCCUCGAUAUCGGAACCGGAACAGGCAUUUGGGCCAUUGAUUUUGCCGAUCAAUACCCCAACGCUGAGGUAAUUGGAACGGAUUUGUCCCCAAUUCAGCCCACGUGGGUGCCACCGAAUGUAGCGUUCGAAAUUGAGGAUUGCACAGAAGAGUGGACCUUUAAGCCCAACUCCAUCGAUUUUGUUCAUAUGCGCUAUCUAUACGGAAGCAUUGGCGACUGGCAUGCUUUACUCAAGGAAGCCUAUCGCGCUUGCAAGCCUGGCGGCUGGGUCGAAAGUUACGAGGCCUCCGCGAUGAUGGAGAGCGACGACGGUACUGUGACGGAGAAAUGUGCAAUCAACGAGUGGGGAAAGUUCUUCAUCGAAGGAGGCAAGAAGCUAGGUCGCACGUUCACCAUCUUGGACGAUGACCUGCAGCGAAAGUGCAUGGAAGAAGCGGGCUUUGUUGACAUCCAAACUUGGGACCUGAAGGCGCCCAUUGGAGGUUGGGCAAAAGAUGACCGGCUUCGAGAAAUCGGCCUGUUCGCGCAAGCAGCUCUUGAACAGGAUUACGAGGGUUAUGUUCUUUACAUGGCCAACAUGGUACUGGGCUGGUCGAAAGAGGAGGUGUCAUUGUACUGCGCCCAGCUCCGUCGCGAGAUCCGCUCGGGCAAGUUCCAUCCGUACUAUCGCCAGCGCGUUGUGUAUGGCCGAAAGCCCGAGUAAAGAGUACCAUAAAGGGUGAGGGAUUUGGGAGUGUGCCUAGUGUUACUGUGGGUGGAGAACGCGGUCAGGUAAUAGGGUUGUGGAGAAUACUACGUAUGGAUAUGAUUUCAGCGGAAUUCAUGAAGAGGUACAUUUAACACCGAAAUAUUAAGCAGUCAAUCAAGAUCAAAUAAGUGAUCAAUGCAUCCAGCCGAGUGUGUUAAGG